AUGGACGUUCACCGAUCACGUUUCGUCGCCUAUCCCGUGGAACCGAUCACUGCGCUCGCCUUCUCAAGGACCAACGACAAUGGUCGCCAAACAGGGCUUCCUCAGCCUGCAUUGAAAUUGGCGAUUGGCAGAAACGAUGGAGCGAUCGAGCUAUGGAAUCCUCAGCGAGGAAAUUGGGUCCAGGAGACGGUCUUUCCGGGUGAUGGCAAAAGCAUCGAUGGGUUGGUCUGGACACGCGAGCCGGACGAGAAGGACGCCGACGGGCACGUUUCGCUGGGCCAGCACAGACUGUUCAGCAUCGCCUCCUCGCCCACAAUAACGGAAUGGAACUUGGAGAGCGGCUGUCCAGAGCGACAUUCCACAGGCAACUUCAGUGAAGUGUGGUGCUUCGCGGCGCAACCAAGGCAGUCACAGCUGGAAGGAAAGCAAGAAGAACUUCAGUCGCAGGACCUCGUCGCAGGCUGCGGGGACGGCACACUCGUCCUGAUCUCUACUGCAGACAAUGACUUACAAUUCAAGCGAUACCUGGCGCGCGUGCCAGGAAGGAAAGCAAAAUGUGUGAGCAUCGCUUGGCAGGAUGCAAAUCGAGUGCUAGCGGGUUUCAUGGACAGCACGAUCCGGGUGUUCGAUACAAGAAAUGGGACCAGUAUUCGCACGAUGAGUCUCGGCGUUGGUCUCCCUCAAGCUCCCAAAAACGCGAUCGUUUGGCAGCUCAAAUGCCUUCCAAACGGAGACAUUGUCUCUGGCGACUCCAACGGAGAGGUUGUUUUCUGGGACGGACGGUCUUAUUCUCUGUCUCAACGGAUCCGAGGCCAUCCUUCGUCAGAAUGUCUGGACCUUGUCACAAGUGCAGAUGGACAGACUGUCGUUUCUGGAGGCAACGACGGAAGGUUAGCUGUUUACCGCCAGACUACGUCCUCAACUGGACGUAAAUCGUGGGCCAAGUCUCAUCACCGGAAAACGCACGAUGGCCAGGUCAAGGCUAUGACGGUUUUCGACAGCAAAGGACUCAGUGUCGUUGUUUCAGGGGGACAGGACCUGGUACCUAUUGUCACGCCACUGCGAGAGUACGGAAGAGAGAGCAGUCUUCAGCUACCGGCUUUGCCGCAAGCAUCCGCGGUGCGGAGCUCUCGUCAUGGUAGACUUCUAGUCAGUUGGUGGGAGAAAAGCAUCAGCAUUUGGCGCUUCGCCCGAAAAUCUGCGACCGACAAGUCUCCGGAUCGCCAGCCUCCAAGGAAGCUUGUUGCAAGGCUGGAACUGGAUGUGAAGACCAGCAUUAAGAAUGUUGCAAUCUCGGACGAUGGCCGAGUGCUGGCGGCUUCUACGAUGUCGGAAGUAAAGAUGUUCCAACUACGAAGGCGACCUGAAUCAGAUUCUCUGGGUAUUCGCAGGCUUGCUGUGCCAAAUGUUCUUGUCGGCUCAGGGGCGCGCUUGCUUGAGUUCUCGCCGGACAGCAGAUGGAUUGCAGUCGUCAAUGUGGAGAACGAAGUACAGGUCGCUCGCUUAGCUGCGAUUCCCUCAAAGCCGAAGCACGUUCAAGUCAUCAACCGAGUAGUAGAGCUGGAGCGCAGGAGCAGACUAGGAACAACAAAAUCCGCAUUCUCUCGCUUUGAUCGAGUCAUCAGUCAACUGGCUUUCGCUUCGGACAGUUCUGUGUUGGCGGUAGGUGAUAUUUCUGGAUAUUUGGAUGCUUGGGUCCUGGAGGGACGUGAAGACCUUACUGCACCUGCUGUAGACGUGACCAAGGAUGACUCCAAACGAGACGGUUCGGAUGAACGCUCGGACGACUCUGACAGCUCGGAUGACGACGACGAACUGUGCAUUUUCUAUGGUCAACAUUGGGCCGACAGUCCAGGUGGACAACUACCCAGCGUGGAGGCAACUCCAUUGGUACUAUCUUUCCGGCCCAUCGCGGAAAGCAAGCAUAACAUGGUCAACGGCAAUCCAGGCGUGCAUCGCACGCGCAGCAACCCUCACGCUCACUCUCAUGAGCUCCCGCGUGGUCCCUAUCGCUUGUGGGUGAUGACGGCUCCGCACGAGAUGUAUGAGUUUGACGUACUUGCCGGCCGGCUGAGUGACUGGAGCAGACGUAACCCCACGUCUGUCCUGCCCGAGGAUUUCCUGAAGCUGAAGGACCGCGUCAAGGGCGCUGUCUGGGAUGUCACGCCCAGCAGAGAGCGCAUCUGGCUCUAUGGUGCUACCUGGCUCAUGAUGCUCAACGUGGGCUCCGACUUGACCCCGCCCGCACUGAAGAAGAAGCGCAAGGUGGAAGAGGAUCUACAGGACGCCAAGCGACAAAAGACGGUCGCCAGCAGCGGUGCUGGUCCGAAGCUCAUCUCCUCGCAUAGGGAAGGCUUGCCGGAAUCCCUCAAGCGUUACGAAGACGGGUCAUGGACCGAUGUGAAUCUCGAUCAGGCAACGAAAGCAACAACAGGAGGCGGGGACGUGGAAGAUCAGGAGGAGGAAGAUUACGCAGACGGCGAUGCUGGCUUGCAGCUCGCGCGUUUGAAGAGUGUAGAUGAAGAGGGCGAACCAAGUUCCAGCGCUGUGAGUGCGUCUCACGGGCCUCAAGCGCGAAGAUGGUGGACUACCUUCAAGUAUCGAUCGAUACUUGGCGUGGUGCCGCUCGCGGAUGAUGCGCAAGUGGACGAGGACGAACCCGCGGAGAUGGUCAUUGUCGAGAGACCGCUAUGGGACGUGAAAAAGUGA